ACUUUACCCUUCAAUAUGGCUAUAAAAGGUCUUAACAAACACCCGCACAACACAAGUCAUCAAACUCAGAGUGAAGAAGUGACAAGCUGCCUCUGUAAGAGUCCAAAUUCAAUCAUGAAGGUACUUGUGGUUCUCGCACUUUUUGCUGUUUGCAAUGCCAACAUUGUGUGGCAAGAGCCGCCCAAGAACAAUUUGGACUUGGUGAAAGAUGCUUUCUGGGACUACGUUGCUAAAGCGACACAUACUGCUGAGGACUCCCUGCAGCAGAUCAGACAGUCUGAGCUGGGACAGGAAGUGAACGCCAAGAUCUCUCAGAGCGCUGAAACAGUGAAUCACUACGUCGUUGCUCUGCGGGCUCAGGCCGCUCCUCUGACCCAGGACUUCAUCACUCAGUUUACCCGGGAGGCCGAGCAGCUGAAGGCUCGUCUGGAGAAAGAUCUGACCGCUGUGAGCACAAAUGUGCAACCAUACGCUGAGGAGAUGGUGGCGCACCUCCAGAGGCAGGUGGAGGAGCUGAAGAAGGAGGUGGCACCCUACGCUGAGUCCAUGGACGCCGAGGCCCUGAAGGCCGUCCUGCUGCAGAAGAGUCAGGAGCUGAAGGGGCAGCUGGAUAUGAGCGUGAGCAAGCUGCAGGUCCAGAUGGUUCCCUACACCGAGGAGAUAAGGGAGAAGAUGGAGCAGAGCCUGGAGGAGUUUCAGAGGAGCAUUGUCCCCCUGACCCAAAGCUUUGAGACCCAGCUGACCCAGAAAAUACAGGAGAUCCAGCAGAACUUGGCACAGAGAGGAGAGGAGCUGAGGACCAAGCUGGACGCUACUGCUCAGGACCUGCAGGCUCAGCUGGCUGCUCUGUGGGAGUCUUUCAAGACGACCCAGUAAACCGACUCCUCCGUUAUUCUCCACACACCAAAUAUUGACCCAAUAUACCAAAUAAAAAUCUUAUAACCAAGUUCAGUCUGUUGGUGUCUUCAUUAGCAUCCAAGACUUUUUCACUGAAGAGAGAUUCAAACCGAGAUCAUUUAAAUAUCCAAGUCUACAAUAAAUAGCAAAUUUUAUGACACAUUUCAUGACUCCGUCCAUUUAAUCACUUUGUGCAGGAGAUGACUAAGUCCAACAUUUUACACUUUUUACUUACACAAUGCAUUGCUGAGCAGCAAUUUCCAACAAAAACUUAAAUGCUCGUUACAUCCAGGAUUAAAGAAUUGGAUUGAGAUCACUGCUCAUUCGUUAACAAAACUAACACUAUCCUGUGUGUGAAGCAGUAAUGAAAAAAUAAAAACAAUUUCAGUGGGGAUCCUGGUACACGGUUCAAAAGUUCCAUCUCAAAUCACAGCUGAG